AGAGGGCGCCUCUGAAAUAACCCUCGUUCCAUGCGUUGAGCCACGUGUUUUAAUGUUUAUGGAACGUGAUCGCUGGUUAUAUCUAAAUAUUAAUAAUUUGAAAAUAUAAAUAUAUUGUUAUUAGUUAAUGAUUUUAGAUAUAAGAAUGACAAGUUUAGGCGUCGAUUUAGUUAUUCAGGAAGAUAUUUCGAGUAACCCUAGAUGCUCACAUGGUCCAACAUUAUUGUUUACAAAAUUUGUGAAAGAUGCUAGAAAAACUGGAAGAAGGUUUUAUGCCUGUUCUGCUUGCAGAGAUAGAAAAGAAUGCCAGUUUUUUCAAUGGGAAGAUGAGAAGAUGUCUUCUUGUAGGAAAAAUCACUGGGAGAAUGAAUUAAAGAAAACACAGAAUAAAUUAUCACAUAAGCAAUGUAUAAAAAGAAUGAAGCAAAUUUUAAAACUUCAAGAGUCUGAGAGAAGAUUUUGUAAGACUUGUUUCUGCUUUGUUCUGCCCAAUGAACAGAAAGCUCACGGUCAACACGUUGUUUGUUGUGUGAAACAGGAAGAAUUAAGAAAACCGAGUAACUUUGUUUUACCUGUAAUAAAUAACAAGAAAGAAGCACAAUUCUUUUUCUCCGAAAACACCGUGAAAUUCCUUAUAGAAUCGAUUGAAUUACUGGGUUACGAACGAUGUUUAUGUAUUGGAACACCAAGAAUUCAUGAGCAUAUACAUUCCAAGUGUGAAUCAAGUCUCAAAAGCCUGCUUUUGGAUCUGGAUGAAAGAUAUAAAAUAUUUUAUAAUCAAGAAACAUUUUGCCAUUACAAUAUGUUUAAUAAUUAUUUUUUUGAUGGAGAAGAGUCCGAAAAAAUUUUUUAUGAUUAUUUGAACGACGACAAGAUUGUCGUCUUGUUAGAUCCGCCUUUUGGCGGACACGUCGAUGCCUUGAUGCAAACGUACAAGACUAUUUCUCGCAAAUGGACAAGUAUAACUGGUGUUAAGACUGAACUUCCAAUCUUGUUGUUUAAUCCCUAUUUUAUGGAACCGAGAUUGACCGAAGCAAUGCCAUCAUUAGUUAUGAUGGACUAUAAGGUUCAAUAUAUAAAUCACUCUUCAUUUCACAAUAAUCAGAAAGGAAGAAAGUUCGGCUCACCAGUGCGCAUUUUUACUAACAUAGAAGCUAAAUAUUUCAAAUUACCAGAUGACGAUUACAGGUAUUGUAAAAUAUGUAAGAGGUAUGUUGCCAGAGAAAACAAGCACUGCUUCAAAUGUAAUGCUUGUACCUCCAAGGAUGGAAGACCAUACAAACAUUGCGAUAUAUGCAAACGUUGCGUAAAGGAAAGUUACGUUCAUUGCAAUAACUGCAAUCUGUGUGUCUUAAUAAAUCAUAAAUGUGAAUUGAUACAAAGAGAGAGUUCUUGCCAUGUCUGUGGUGAUCCCGGUCACAAGAGAAAGAAUUGUCCAAAAAUUGAAAGUCUGAAAAGAAAAAUUCAAAAUAAAGAAGUAAAAGAAGCUAAAAGAAUUAAAAAAAUGAAGAAAUGCAAUGUACUCAGUUGAAAAGAACAAGAACAAAAAAUAAAUUAUGUAAAAGCCCAUAUACAGUAUAUUAUAGAAGAAUUCUUAAAUGUAAACCUUAAAAAA